AUGGUACGGCGACUAACAGUAUGCCAGGUGAUAACGCUCGGUCUGCUGAGCACGCCGGUGGUCGCUGAUUUUCAGUGCGACGCCGUGAGCACAAACUGUGUCACUUUUCCUGUGUGCCAGUUCAGCGUCUCGAGCCCGUCACAAACAGCCCCCAGCACCGCCGACCCGGCGCCUUUAACGGUGACAGUGUCGCGCAAAGCGCGCCCAACGACGCCGCUCGAAUUACUCGAAGAGGCGCUCGAAAAACAGGGGCUUUUGGUGCACAAAAAGAACGAUUUUCUGAGCAUGGGCCCCCAACAGAAAGACAAUGUCGUAACUCCCACGGCUCCCUCGGACGCAGACAUGAAGGUGGCUGAUCCACACAUGUACGCGCCGCUGCUGGCCCACUAUCCGACACGUGGGUUCUUUCUACGGCUCACCAAACUGCUGGCGUACGGAUUGUGGAUGAACCCCGGUUGCGUGAACAGAAUGUGGGUGGUUUCUAGGGGAGAGCUGCACGUGAUCCAUGAGUUGCAACAAAGUAUGGCGGAACUGCAACAGGGCCAGUCACGUGCCCGGGAGUCUGGAGAAAAGCAUUCUGGCAACCCUGGCAAACGGCAUUUCCAAAACCUCAUUGUGCGCUACCGCAGCGCUGGCGACUGCGAAUUUUUCCCCGAUAGAAUCGGGCGGCUGGCUAGACACGCGUGGAAGCUGUUUGAAUUCGAGUACGAGGGACAGAAGCCGGACGCGGUGUGUGUCUAUGUCGAGCGACAUGCGGGGUGGGUGGAGCAAGUGGUGGUUGGGUGGAGUAUGGAGGAGACGAGGAGGUUGAAUUGCACGUCACGUGGGGAGUGA